AUGGCGUCUCUACUGAUGAGUGCAGUUGUGAUGUUGAGUGUGAUGGCGGUCUUCGCAGCUCGACAACGUACAGAUGAGUUGGACACGACGUUGCGCGUUCGUCUGGCGGCGCAUAACCGUCAGUACCGGCGCGGGCAGGUGGGGUUCGCCGUGCGCCGCAACCGACACUCCCACCUCCCGCACGCCCACUUCCUGCGAGCCAUGACCGGCUACCACCGCUCCGCCACGAGUGGGGAGGUGGUGUGGGGUGAGUUCGACCCCGGUGAGGCGACGCCCCCGCCGGCGGUGGAUUGGCGUGCCGCGGGGGCCGUCAGCGCCCCCAGAGAGCAGCUACACUGCGGCAGCUGCUGGGCUUUCAGCGCGAUCGGUGCCUUAGAAGGGCAGUACUUCCUGAAAUACGGCAAACUGGUGCAGCUGUCGGCGCAGAGCCUCGUCGACUGUUCGGCGGAGUACGGCAACGGCGGGUGCAGCGGCGGCGCCAUGGACAACGCCUUCAAAUACAUCCGCGACAACGGCGGCAUCGAUACCGAGGAGUCAUACCCUUACGAGGGAGUCGACAACCAGUGCAGAAGCGGCACGCCCCUCUCCGGUACGGGCGGCGUGCGCGUGGCGGCGGUACGGGCGGGCGACGAGGCGGCGCUCGCGUCGGCGGUGGCGGCGGGGCCGGUCGCCGUCGCCGUCGACGCCUCGCCCCCCUCCUUCCGCGGCUACUCCGCCGGCGUCUACUACGACCCCGCCUGCACGCCCGAUAACCUUAACCAUGCGAUGCUGCUAGUGGGUUACGGUAGUGACGCGGGUGGCGACUACUGGCUGCUGCGAAACACUUGGGGCCGCAGCUGGGGCCAGCGCGGCGACAUGAAGCUCGCCCGCAACCGCGGCAACCACUGCGGCAUCGCCUCCGCCGCGCUCAUACCCGUGCUGUAGACAACUCGAGUGCGGCAACCACUGCGUGCAAACAUUGAACAUCCAAUGCCAGAAUUUUAGCCUGACUAAUAUUUAAUCCAAAUACU